AUAAUGUACGAUAUGAAAGUGGACAAUAUUUCAUUGAUGGCUGCAACACAUGCAAAUGUCUAAAUAACGGAACAAUUAAGUGUACUGAAAAAACUUGUAAAUGUCAUUUCAAAGGAAAACUAUUUCAUGUAGGCGACAGAUUUACAGUAGAUGGUAGUACUUGUUAUUGUCAAAAAGACGGGCAAGUUAAAUGUAAAGACAACGGCUGUCAAUGCACAUACAAAGGACAAAUUAUGUUACUGGACAAAAAUUAAAGACGAUUGUAAUGAAUGUGAAUGUAAAGAUGGUGGAAAUGUAAAAUGUGAGCAGAAUCCAUGUCGAUGUACUUACAAAAAUAUGGUUUAUGCAAUCGGUGCACAGUUCAAAGAUGGCUGCCAAAAUUGUACUUGUAAUACAAACGGUAAUGUCAAUUGUAUAAGGGACAACUGUCAAUGCACAUACAAAGGACAAACAUACGCAAUUGGACAAAAAUUUAAAGACGAUUGUAAUGAAUGUGAAUGUAAAUAUGAUGGAAAUGUAAAAUGUGAGCAGAAUCCAUGUCGAUGUACUUACAAAAAUAUGGUUUAUGCAAUCGGUGCACAGUUCAAAGAUGGCUGCCAAAAUUGUACUUGUAAUACAAACGGUAAUGUCAAUUGUAUAAGGGACAACUGUCAAUGCACAUACAAAGGACAAACAUACGCAAUUGGACAAAAAUUUAAAGACGAUUGUAAUGAAUGUGAAUGUAAAUAUGAUGGAAAUGUAAAAUGUGAGCAGAAUCCAUGUCGAUGUACUUACAAAAAUAUGGUUUAUGCCAUCGGAGCACAGUUCAAAGAUGGCUGCCAAAAUUGUACUUGUAAUACAAACGGUAAUGUCAAUUGUAUAAGGGACAACUGUCAAUGCACAUAUAAAGGACAAACAUACGCAAUUGGACAAAAAUUUAAAGACGAUUGUAAUGAAUGUGAAUGUAAAUAUGAUGGAAAUGUAAAAUGUGAGCAGAAUCCAUGUCGAUGUACUUACAAAAAUAAGGUUUAUGCAAUCGGAGCACAGUUCAAUGAUGGCUGUGAAACUUGUACUUGUAAAACAAACGGUAAUGUCAAUUGUAUAAGGGACAACUGUCAAUGUACAUACAAAGGAAUAACAUAUGAUGUUGGGCAAACUUUUAAAGAUGAAUGUAAUCAAUGUGUAUGUUUAGGUGGCUACAACGUAAGUUGUACCCAGAAUACAUGUAGAUGCUUUUAUAAAAAUAGAGAAUACAAUUAUGGGAUGCAGUUUAAAGAUGACUGCAAUACAUGCAUAUGUAAGUCUAAUGGAGUUGUUACCUGUUCAAAAAAUAAUUGCUUCUGCACAUAUAAAGGCAAGCGUUUUUUGCGUAAUCAAAUAUUUAAUGAUGAUUGUAACCAAUGCAUAUGCUUAGAUAAUUAUUUAAUACACUGUACCAGAAAUAAGUGUAAUUGUACGUACAAAAAUAUGGUUUACAAAAUUGGAGAAGAAUUCAGAGUCGGCUGUAGCAUUUGUAAUUGUAAAACUAAUGGCAUUCUUGAUUGUUCAAAGAACGGCUGUCAAUGCACAUACAAAGGACAAAUUUAUGUUACUGGACAAAAAUUUAAAGACGAUUGUAAUGAAUGUGAAUGUAAAGAUGGUGGAAAUGUAAAAUGUGAGCAGAAUCCAUGUCGAUGUACUUACAAAAAUAUGGUUUAUGCAAUCGGUGCACAGUUCAAAGAUGGCUGCCAAAAUUGUACUUGUAAUACAAACGGUAAUGUCAAUUGUAUAAGGGACAACUGUCAAUGCACAUACAAAGGACAAACAUACGCAAUUGGACAAAAAUUUAAAGACGAUUGUAAUGAAUGUGAAUGUAAAUAUGAUGGAAAUGUAAAAUGUGAGCAGAAUCCAUGUCGAUGUACUUACAAAAAUAUGGUUUAUGCAAUCGGUGCACAGUUCAAAGAUGGCUGCCAAAAUUGUACUUGUAAUACAAACGGUAAUGUCAAUUGUAUAAGGGACAACUGUCAAUGCACAUACAAAGGACAAACAUACGCAAUUGGACAAAAAUUUAAAGACGAUUGUAAUGAAUGUGAAUGUAAAUAUGAUGGAAAUGUAAAAUGUGAGCAGAAUCCAUGUCGAUGUACUUACAAAAAUAUGGUUUAUGCAAUCGGAGCACAGUUCAAAGAUGGCUGCCAAAAUUGUACUUGUAAAACAAACGGUAAUGUCAAUUGUAUAAGGGACAACUGUCAAUGUACAUACAAAGGAAUAACAUAUGAUGUUGGGCAAACUUUUAAAGAUGAAUGUAAUCAAUGUGUAUGUUUAGGUGGCUACAACGUAAGUUGUACCCAGAAUACAUGCAGAUGCUUUUAUAAAAAUAGAGAAUACAAUUAUGGGAUGCAGUUUAAAGAUGACUGCAAUACAUGCAUAUGUAAGUCUAAUGGAGUUGUUACCUGUUCAAAAAAUAAUUGCUUCUGCACAUAUAAAGGCAAGCGUUUUUUGCGUAAUCAAAUAUUUAAUGAUGAUUGUAACCAAUGCAUAUGCUUAGAUAAUUAUUUAAUACACUGUACCAGAAAUAAGUGUAAUUGUACGUACAAAAAUAUGGUUUACAAAAUUGGAGAAGAAUUCAGAGUCGGCUGUAGCAUUUGUAAUUGUAAAACUAAUGGCAUUCUUGAUUGUUCAAAGAACGGCUGUCAAUGCACAUACAAAGGACAAAUUUAUGUUACUGGACAAAAAUUUAAAGACGAUUGUAAUGAAUGUGAAUGUAAAUAUGAUGGAAAUGUAAAAUGUGAGCAGAAUCCAUGUCGAUGUACUUACAAAAAUAUGGUUUAUGCAAUCGGUGCACAGUUCAAAGAUGGCUGCCAAAAUUGUACUUGUAAUACAAACGGUAAUGUCAAUUGUAUAAGGGACAACUGUCAAUGCACAUACAAAGGACAAACAUACGCAAUUGGACAAAAAUUUAAAGACGAUUGUAAUGAAUGUGAAUGUAAAUAUGAUGGAAAUGUAAAAUGUGAGCAGAAUCCAUGUCGAUGUACUUACAAAAAUAUGGUUUAUGCAAUCGGAGCACAGUUCAAAGAUGGCUGCCAAAAUUGUACUUGUAAAACAAACGGUAAUGUCAAUUGUAUAAGGGACAACUGUCAAUGUACAUACAAAGGGCAAACAUACGAAAUUGGACAAAAAUUUAAAGACGAUUGUAAUGAAUGUGAAUGUAAAUAUGAUGGAAAUGUAAAAUGUGAGCAGAAUCCAUGUCGAUGUACUUACAAAAAUAUGGUUUAUGCAAUCGGAGCACAGUUCAAAGAUGGCUGCCAAAAUUGUACUUGUAAAACAAACGGUAAUGUUGAAUGUAUAAGGGACAACUGUCAAUGCAUAUACAAAGGACAAAUUUAUAUUACCGGACAAGAGUUUGACGAUGGUUGUGAGAAAUGUAAAUGUUCCAUCGGAGGUUCGGUAAAAUGUUCGAAUGCAUCCUGUACAUGUAGUUUCAAUGGAUUGUUGUACCAACCAGGGCAAUCAUUUCAGUACGGUUGUAAUACUUGCAAAUGUAGCACUGUCGGUUCUGUAAAUUGCACGCAGCUGCAGUGUCAGCCCUGCAAAUAUAAAAAUAAAACUUAUGAUUUCGGUGCAGUUUUCUAUGAUGCCUGCAAUAGAUGUAAGUGUUGUAUUGAUGGUACCGUGGAUUGCGAGAAGAAAUUAUGCCAAGUAAAUUGCACGCAUGACGGUAAAUCGUAUUCCAUCGGUGAUACAUUUAAAGUCUCCUGCAACACCUGCAAGUGUUUACCGUCAGGUAUUACAGUCUGUACGCGGAGAGCCUGCCUCCCGGUGUGCCAGUAUUAUGGAAAAUCCUACAACCACGGAGACAUGUUUGCUUCACGAGACAAAUGUAAUAUUUGCUUUUGUAAUAAUGGCAUUACUCAUUGUACGAGACGUACUUGUUAUCAUUAGAUUGAAUGGUACGGAAGAGAAAACUUAUUUUUGAGAAGGAAUUUUUAAA